AUGUACCUGCCACGCGAAAAUAUAGACCUCCUCUACGAUCAAUUCUGGGUGCGCUAUAAUACGCAGUCCGACCCCGUCCUCGUGCUUGUCGCUCUCGAGCCAGACGCCCUAUGUGCAUGUCAUAUUCUGAUAGCUCUCUUCCGAAAUGACAACAUUCUCUACAAAAUACGGCCGAUUUCUGGCUAUGAUGAGCUCAAACGUGUUGGAGAGACCAUGGUCUGGCCAAUGAAAAAACAUAAUGGAGGGGAAGGUGGUCUAGUAGUGUGCUUGGGCGUUGGCGGAAUGGUAGAUAUGUCGACUGUCCUCGGCCUGGACGAGAUAAUUGAGGGUACAGAUCCCGCAGACGGCGUCGAAGUCUGGCUUAUGGAUGCACGGCGACCAUGGAAUCUGGGGAACGUGUUUGGUGGCGAUCCGAACGAUAUGCUCGAGUCUGGCAUUCCAGACGAUACAGAAAUAUCGAGCGAGCCGCAGAAAGAUAAGGGCAGGAUUCUACCAGGAUACAAGGCUGGACAAGGGGGUAUCAUUGUAUACGACGAUGGGGACGUCGAGCAGCAAAUGAUAGCAGAAAGGGAUGCCUACUGGGCAAUAGUAGAAAUGCCCCAUUUUGAGGAAGAUGGAUAUCUCUCAGGGGACUCUGAUUUGGAAGAAGAUGAGAAUGUUCUAGAUUCAGUAGAGAUUGACCUGCCUAACGAGAGGAAACGAAAGGCUUCGAUGAAUGGUACAGACGAUGCAAGCGAUGUGGGAGACCAGAGAGCGCGUCAAAGGCGGCGGACCAACUCGGACGGCUCACAGUCACUCUAUGCAGGCGACCCACCAAAUGGCAUCGAAGAACCUACGGGCUCCCAAUACUCCUCAAGGGCAAAUUCACCAUCAGUCCAGGUACCUUCUUCCGCACCUCAGACACUUCUACCUCAACGCGCUUUGAUAAGACGUCUCACCAGAGAACGACGGAAAUAUCAUAGAGUAAUCAGCAAAUACUAUGGAACAGGCUCUUCGUACUCCGAACCAAUCUCCUCCAUGAUGUAUUCUUUGGCAGAGGCGAAGGGCCGUGAGAAUAAAGACAUGCUUUGGCAGGCUAUUGUAGGUGUUAGCUCAUUGGAGCUGCAUGGACGAAGCAUGGCGGGCGUCGGCAUAUCAACAUCACUUGAUGCUGGAGGGUCUGCGGGAUGGGGCGGUGAGCGCGGAGAGAGGAUUCGAAGUCUACUACGAGAUGAAGUGAACCGAUUAUGUCCCCCCGACCUUUCUGACCAGAAUAAGGAUCAACUACGGGGCGAAGCUUCGGGGGUCAUACCAACUACAGCAAAAUCACCCCUGGAUGAUUCCAUACGGCUUUCUCCUGAGCCCCGCUUCCUACUUAUUCGGCACUGGUCUCUGUAUGAGAGCAUGUUGCACUCACCCUAUCUUGGUGCUAAGCUACAUAUUUGGAAUGAUCAAGGUAGAAAACGGCUGCACAAGCUGCUAGCUAAGAUGGGCGUCAGCCUGAGCCAAUGUAAGCAAAGCUAUACCCAUAUGGACAUGGAUCUCAAGCGUGGCCUGCGGCAGCGACUCCUGACUUACGCCCCUGUCUAUGGUCUGGAUGGUCUAGUCCCUCCAAAGGACAGAGAGAAGAAGGGCUGGGGUUUCGUCAAAUGCUGGGGUUGGAAAGGCUGUUUUAGUGCGAUUGACGUUGGUGUCAUUGUGGGCGCCAUACUUGAGAUCGGCAAGCAUAGCCUCGAAAGUUCCAACAGCACAAAUGGAUCGGAUCACCGAAAUAAUCUAAGGAAUCGAGCGGAUCGAGCGGAGAUAAGCGAUCAAUCAGGGGCGCUGGAGUCAGAAGAAUGGGUAAGCAGAUUUUGGCAAGCCUACGAUGCUCUAGAAGAUGUCGAUGCCCUCAAGCAUGCAUUGCCUUCCGCUCAGCAUUUGCAUCGCGCCAUACUUCGAACAGGAACUUCGGUUAUAGAAAAGCGCCAGAUCAGACAUCUUAAAGCUUUUCGAAUGGCGGUGGUCAAGGAGGGUCCAGACGUCGCACUAUUUACCCAUCCAGGAGCUUUGACGAAGCUGGCGCUGUGGGUUGCCGAAGCUAUUGCUGAACAAGAGAAAGAUCACCGGGGCCAGGCAGGAAAUCAUGGUAGACCCACACCCUUGGUAAUGGCGACUUUGAAUGAGGCGAGAGGAGUCUAUGUUGUUGUCGGCACGAACAGUGGAGGAGGUGUCGUCGAUUUCGUCGCGAGGGCGAAAAGACGAGUCAAGCUACAGGAAAAGACGAGGAGGAGACUAAUACGGAAAGAAGAGAGGGAUCGCCAACGACGUGAAAGGAAAGCUGAGAGGCAGAGGGCCAGUGAUGCUGGAUCAGAUGAAGAAGAGGAGAGCGAAGAGGAAGAUGACGAAGACGAUGAAAUUGACGACGAAAGCGAUGAUGACGAUCUAGAAUUUGCAGAGUUCGGCGUGAAUCGAUUCGGUCUCGCUUUUCAAGAAGUUGUUGACGAGACCAGCACCAGGGUGCGAAUCGAUAGCUUUGAGAACAGCGUAGUCGAGGUGAAAAAGGAGGAUCUCAGUGGAUUCUUGGAGCGCUUGAGCAUGAAAGUCGUGGUAGGAUGA